UUCUCUCCGAUCCCAACCUGCGCCACACUUCCGAAUUCGGAACAAAUCCGAUCAAAUCCAGCCAGGAUUUACCCCAAUCUGCGAUUUCAUCUUGAACAUUCGGAUAUUUCAAUCAAUUAAUUUCUGUGUUUUUUUUUUGUUUUUAUUUUUGGUUUGGAGAUAAGAACCCUAAAAAAUAACACACACUCCCUGUUUCGGUGCAAAUUUGGUGCGUAUUAAUUAUUUUGGUUGGGUUCACGCAUGUUUGUAGCUACCGAUUCGAUUCCAAUUGGGUGUAGAAAGGUAUAUAAGGAAAGAACCCUAGAUUUUUCCAUGGAAGAGGAAUGUAAUACGGCAGGUAGAGCGGUUGGAGGAGACGUGGAGGAAGGUGAGAUCUCGGAUUCGGCGUCGGUGGAGGAGAUCUCCGAGGAGGUUUUUAUUAAGCAGCUAGACACUCCGCCUUCUACUACUAGUUCUACUACUACUUCUUCUACUUCAACUGCCAAGGUAAAUCCGAAUGCCAAUGUUUCGAGUGACCCGACGAAACCGGCUCGGGUAUGGACGAUGAGAGAUCUGUAUAAUAACUAUCCAAUCUCGAGGGGUUACGCUAGGGGUUUAUAUAAUCUCGCUUGGGCUCAGGCGGUUCAAAAUAAGCCUUUGGACGAGCUUUUCGUGAUGAAGAAGGCUGAGACGGAUGCUUCCAGUAAGAAGGAUGGCACUGUGGAGGAUUCUGUUAACGACAAGGUUGUGAUCGACGUCGAAGAUGACGUUAAGGAGGAAGGGGAGUUGGAGGAAGGUGAGAUCGAUUUGGAUUCGGAGGUUGUUGAAAAUGGGGAUUUGAAGGAGGUUAAUUCUGAGGCCAUGGCCAUGGCCGUGGAUGAAAUGGGGAAUAAGGUUAAUUUCAUUCGGGAAGGACUUCGGAGUGUGACUGUAGUAGAAGCAGAGAAAUACUUUGUUGAAGUCUGCUCCAAAUUGCAAAGAUUGUUGGAUAGUUUGCACGAAAUUGUUUCUGAAAAUUCAUUAUUACCAGAGAAAGAUGCUUUGAUUGAACUGUUUUUGACUGCAAUCCGAACUGCUAUCACCGUGUUCUGCUCUAUGAAACAGAGUGAGAAAGAGAAACACAAAGAUUACUUAUCCAGAGUGCUUAUUGGUGCAAGUAACAAAAAGCAGCCACCGCUUUUUUCCGUGCUGCAGUCCAAUGAGGUGGGCAAGCUGAUUCUUUCUUUAGAUCUUCCGUCAGUUCCCUUGAGAACUGAAGAUGGUGUUGAGGACUCGGAGAUGAGAUUGGUUCAAGAGAGUAAUGUGAAUGAUUCAGAUAUAUCUGAUACUGAUGCCUUUCAAGGCCCAACAUUUGUAAAGAGACAGGAUUUAGAAUCUGUAUCUGCAAAUUUUAUUGAGUCCAACCUGUCAAUAGAAUCUUCAAGGCUUGGGGUGGCAAAUUCCAAGCCUAGAGGGUUAUCACUUCCCUUGCUAGACCUUCAUAAGGACCAUGAUGUAGAUAGUCUUCCAUCCCCUACACGAGAAAGUAAGCCAAGUUUUCCUAUUGAUAAGGCUGGAGUAUUGAAACCCGAGUUCCCCUUACCAAGAGGAGCUCUUCAGACAGGAAACUCUGUCACGCAUCCUUAUGAAACAGAUGCCCUUAAAGCUGUUUCCUCCUAUCAACAAAAAUUUAGCCGUAGUUCAUUUUUCAUGGCGGACAGGCUUCCGAGUCCAACCCCCUCCGAAGAUGGUGAUAAAGGGGACACUGACAUUGGUGAAGAAAUUUCCAGUUCUAUCACCCCAAAUUGCAAUUAUUUGAAUGCAUCAGGUCCUAGACAACCUGUUGUUUCUUCUCUGCCCAACAUGAAUCCAGUUGGUGGACAAGAAUUGAGCAAUGUUAACAGUGCUGGUUCUAUUGGUGUAGUUGCAACCCCUGUAUCAAGGAGUUCUCCAGUAAAAAUCAAAGAUCCAAGGCUUCGAGCCUUAAAUAGUGAUGCACCUGCUCAAAGUUUUAACCCAUGUCUUCUGCCUGUUUCUAACACUGAAACUAGAAUGGCAGGUUUUGGGGAAAUGGUGGGUUCAAGAAAGCAGAAGACAUUUGAUGACCCAGUUGUUGGUGGUCCAUCAAUGAAAAGACAAAGAAGUGAGCAGACAGACUCUGUUAUAGUCAGUGAUAUUCCAUCUUAUACUGGAACGGGUGGUUUGUUAGGGGGUAGAGGGGAUGGUGGAUUUCCAAUCACAAAUAGUAAUCUUGUGUUGAAGUCCAUAAAGGAUGCUAGUAAAUUGGAACAAGUAGCAACUGCUGUCACUACUACUACCACUGUGCCAAGUGUCCCGAUUAAUGCUGUUGAGAAUUUACCAGCAACAAAUGCCAGUGUAGCAGCUACCUUGCAAUCUCUACUCAAAGACAUUGUAGUAAAUCCAUCCAUAUGGAUGAAUAGAAUUAAGAUGGAACAACUAAAGUCUAUGGAGCCCUCCAAAGUCACAACACAACCUUUAAGCUCUUCUAAUUGUAUUAGCGGAGGUAUUCUACCGGUGAAUAUAGCUCCUCCCAAAGCUUCCGUGCCUGACCCCAGGCAAGGAGGAAUACUUCAGGCUACUCCUCAGAUGGCUAUUCCAAAGGAUGACCUGGGAAAAGUCCGCAUGAAACCGCGUGACCCUCGUCGUGCUCUUCAUAAUCCCCCAAUUCAGAAGGGUGACCAAUCCACUACUGGUGUACCAAACACUCAAGGAAUUACUGGCAGCUCAAGUGUUCAAAGGCAGCAGGAACAGUUGGAUAAGAAGUCAUCAUUACCCAAUUCCUCUGUGCCACCUGAUAUUUCUCACCAAUUUACUAAGAACUUGAAAAAUAUUGCUGACCUUAUAUCUGUUUCUCAACCGUCUAUAUCCUCACUUUUAGCUUCUCAAACUCCUUCAACACAACCAGUACUUGCUCAUCAAGGUAAAUUGGAAGGUAAGAGGGUUGUUUUGGAGUCAAGCCAACCCUUAGCAUCCGAAGUGGCUUCUGUAGUCCCUUCUCGACCUCAGAACAGUUGGGGAGAUGUUGAGCAUCUCUUUGAAGGUUUUGAUGACCAGCAGAAAGCUGCUAUACAGAGAGAAAGAGCAAGAAGGAUAGACGAACAGAAGAAAAUGUUUGCAGCAAGGAAGCUCUGUCUUGUCUUGGAUCUGGACCAUACUUUACUGAAUUCAGCUAAGUUUAUUGAAGUAGACCCAGUACAUGAUGAAAUUUUGAGAAAGAAAGAAGAAUUGGACCGUGAGAAGCCUCAGAGGCAUCUCUUUAGAUUUCCACAUAUGGGAAUGUGGACAAAGUUACGACCUGGGAUCUGGAAUUUUUUGGAAAAGGCUAGUAAGCUUUUUGAGCUACAUCUUUACACAAUGGGAAACAAACUUUAUGCCACGGAAAUGGCGAAAUUGCUUGAUCCAAAAGGUGAUUUUUUCGCUGGAAGAGUUAUUUCCAGAGGUGAUGAUACAGAUCUCAUUGACGGUGAUGAAAGGGUUCCUAAAAGCAAGGACCUGGAGGGGGUUUUGGGUAUGGAAUCGGCUGUUGUGAUUAUUGAUGACUCUGUGAGAGUUUGGCCUCAUAACAAACUAAAUCUGAUAGUUGUGGAAAGGUAUAUUUACUUUCCUUGCAGUAGGCGCCAGUUUGGCCUUCCAGGCCCCUCUCUUCUUGAGAUUGAUCAUGACGAGAGACCCGAAGAUGGGACUUUGGCCUCUUCUUUGGCGGUCAUCGAGAGAAUCCAUCAGAUCUUUUUCGCUCAUCCAUCAUUGGAUGAAGCUGACGUUAGGAACAUCUUAGCAACAGAACAAAGGAAGAUUCUCGCUGGUUGUCGAAUUCUUUUCAGUAGGGUAUUUCCUGUUGGAGAAGCUAAUCCUCACUUGCAUCCAUUGUGGCAGUCUGCUGAACAGUUUGGUGCUGUGUGCACCAAUCAGAUAGAUGAUAAGGUUACCCAUGUAGUUGCCAAUUCUCUUGGGACGGAUAAGGUUAACUGGGCUUUUUCUACCGGGCGAUUUGUCGUGCAUCCUGGAUGGGUGGAGGCUUCAACUUUGCUUUAUCGACGAGCAAACGAAAUUGAUUUUGCAAUUAAACAAUAAACAACCCACAAUUCCUUGCACCUGAUAAAAUGUUCUUGAUGCCUAAAACCGAGUUAGGAAAACCGGUCACAUUACACUUUAACCUUGAUGCAAGCAGGAAUGCAGGAUAAUCCUCUGCCAGAAACUGAAUGAACCCCAUCCCAUCCAUCUCCUUGCUAGCAUUUUGUUCCCCAAAAAAAAAAAAGGAAAAAAAGGAGAAAAUGCCAGGUGGAGAUACUGAAACUAUAUAAUAGGUGGGAAAUGAGACUGGUUAAGUUGGGAAAGGGUUGAGAUUUUUUCAGAAGCAUUCUUGCCAUGGCAGCACAGAUGGCUGCUGCUGGCUUUGUUCAAAAUUCAGGAUUCCUUUGGCCAUUAAUUAAAAAGUGGCCCCAUUUUUGAGUGUUGUGGAAAAAGGAAAAAUCUUGUACGGGUAAAUUCAUUGUCAAUAUUCCAAUUUCGGUAGAAAAAUUGAGUUGAGUGGAGUUAAGGUA